CUCCUCUUGCCCCCAAUCCUUGUCAAUUAAGUCUAGCUUUCAUUAAAAAAGGAAAGGUUGGGCAAUUUUAUAUUUGGCGUUUUCUUUGUCACAAAGUCGUCAAGCUUCUAAAAGCUGACAUGUCCAAGUAAAACACACGACGACGAGGUCUACUUUACCUAAAUCAAAAGUUCUUGUCCGAGAGAGACUAUUUAAAGGAGCUCGAGGUUUUUCUUUUGGGGGAGAUUCAGAAUCGAAUAAGAUGGAUGACGAUAUGUGGGCUGUUUCCUCUUCUGGCUCUUCGAGAAGCCAUCGAUCAGCAGCAACCACUGCUAAGUACCAAUCUGGUUCUUAUGAAUCUUAUCGAGAUUCGGGUGAUUUUGAAGAAGAAGAAGAGGAUGAUGAUGUUGAGGUGGAUUACCCAUGCCCGUUUUGCUCGGAUGACUAUGAUUUAGUCGAGUUGUGUCACCAUAUUGACGAAGAACAUCAUCUUGAAGCUACCUAUGGGGCAUGUCCGGUUUGUAGCAAAAUGGUGAAGACGCGUAUGGUGGAUCAUAUAACCACACAUCAUAGAGAUGUCUUGAAGAGCGGGCAGAAGGAGACUUACGCGGAAGAUCCAUAUUCAUAUCGUCAAGAUGAUUUGUCGCCAUCUAUGAAUCAUUAUCAUACCGCUAAAACCGAUCAGUUCUUAUCUUUUCUCAGCAAUUCUCCAUUGCCGAACCAAACCAAGCCUGUGCUGGAGGUGGAUUCAAGUGUAGAAAACAAGACUUUGAUUGAGGAUUCUUCGGCAGGAAAAGACAUGAAGCUGUCAACGCCUUUGUCUGAUGGUGAACAACUGGAGAAGGCAAAGAAGUGUGAGUUUGUACAGGGACUAUUGUCAUCAGCUAUGUUUGAUGAUGGAUGUGACUUCUUCUGAAAAAAAUAAAGAUGCGAAGGCAGGUCAUUGGCAUUGUUGUAAUUCUAUUCAGUUCUAUUUAUUGUAUAUGUAUCUUUUUUAUCAGACACAAGAGUAGAGUUAGUCUCUAAUAUAUUCCUCAUGCGUUAAGCAUCUUUUAUUGUUCA